AUGAUGCUGUCUCCAGAAGAUGAAGCCACGUAUAAUUUGCUGUCUAUGAAGAUGCAACGCGACAUUAAUUGCUUGAUGGAUCCAGAUCGCAACGUGCGCCGUCGAGCAGUGGAGAAACUGCAUCGUACGUUGCAGAGCGAGGCGUCGCACGUAUCGAACGCAGUGUUGCGCGUACUGUGUGUCUCCAAUCUAUUGCGUCCACUGUUGCAAUGCGCCGAGAACGACGUGGUAGAGAGAUGUCGUGAGCGAGCGCUCACGUUGUUGCUGUUUUUGUGCGAACGUGGAGCGCUGGGGUCGUCGGACAUGACGCUGAAGGAGAUCGUAGCGCUGGCUAACGCUCGACUGGGCAAACUGCCGUACCCGGAGCCUACAGAAGAGAUGCGACUGCUUAUUCUGCAGCUAUUGCAUGUAUUUUUGAAGCAGUUUGCAGCGGUAAAAGACAGACUGACGUCAUUGCAGGACGUUAUGACAGAGCUGAUUAAUGCAUUGGGCAAGACGGCGAUCGAUCCGUUCCCAGAUGCCAAAAAGAUGUCGGCAGAAUGCGUCAUCUUGAUUUCUAAGAAUUGGAAGAAGGAUGUGGGAAUGCAAAUUGGCGCUAUUGUGCGGCCUGUCGUGAUCAAUCUCGGUCACCAGCACAGUCGUGUGCGGGUGUGUGCAUUACAGGCGUUAGAAGUGGCGGUGCCCUGCGGGUCAGAGUCUCUUCCACAACUCAUGCAAGAGGUGCUAUUGCCGGCGGUCAGUAAAGUGGUGCUUGACCAUGCACCAUCCGUGAGGAAGCAGCUAACAAUAACGCUGGCGGCAUGGCUUGCUCAGAUUCAGCAGUUUGAGGCGUCCAUUUUUCCAAUUUUCUUGGCAGGCGUUGUUGACGAAGCACCCGAAGUGAGAGCUCUAGCUCUUGCUAAGCUCAAUGACCUUUCAGUUACAUGGGAGCACCGUGAUGUCGAGCUACCGGAGGUGGUUUUGGACUCUACCAAAAGCACACCUCCACUUUUCUUCGAAUCUCGCCCACAACUUGGUGCCCGUAAAUUUGCAGCGAGUAUUCAAGCUGACGUGUUGCCACCUCUGCUUGAGAAAACGGGAGACUGGAAUGUGCAAGUGCGCGAACGUUACACAAAAGUGCUUAGUGCGUUUCUGAUCUUGCUGGAGCAGAAUAUGAACCCAUUUCUCGACAAGAUAUUUGCAGCCUUAAGCAAGAGCUGCCGUGACGACGAAGAAGUUGUUUUGAACAGCCUAAAAGCGUGCUCGGGGGUCGUCGGUUUUUAUGCAGACUUCCAAAUGAUUUUGGCCUCCCUGUUGCCCAUGGUUGCAGGCAGGUUAGCAGGACAGGACACAGCACAAUACCGCACGAAUGGCUUGAUACUGUUACGUAUGAGCAUCGAAGGCAUGACGGCAAAAAUGAUGGGAGCUCACUUGGAGUUGAUUACUGAAGCACUGUGUGAUCCUGGCCUGCGCGAAUCUGAAGUUACGGACUUGCAAGAUCAGUUGGCAGGCGUCGUAGCUAGUAUUGUCAAGACUGCUGGUUCAAUGCUUGCGCAAAAAGACGAUAGCUGCUUUCGACUCUUUUGGGUAUUGAGCCACCUUCUAGCCUCGUCUUCUGAAACAUCAGUUGCUUACGAAACGGCAAGCGAAGGCAUGGAGAGGUUAGCGACGCAGAUGAGGCAGUCGGUUGAGCACUUGCUUUUGUUGCAGGAGCUCUACAUCCGCUACAUGGGCAAGCUUCUAGAUAAGAUGACGCUCCCGUUUGAUGCAGCUGUGAGCUGGCAGAAAAGCAACCCUACUCGAGUACUAUUUGACUCACUUUGCCGGCGUGGAGGCGUGGCAUGUGCCAAGAACCUGGAUAAAAUUAUACCCGUCUUUUUGGUGCAUUUAGAACCAUCCCAGGACGCGGAUAUUCGACUUGCUUUCCUUGCAUUGCUGGAGACAAUGCUAGGAAUGGACGCGAUUACUCAGGCCCUGAAAAUGUUUAGUGUGGCGUUGCUCCAGAAAGCAAUUAUUCCCAACAUGGUUUGGCACGAGGGUCGUAUGGCUGCAACUAUUAGAAAGGCGGCUGUCGCCUGUGCGUAUACCUGUCUUAGUCAAGGCAUUGCCGACCAGCCGUGUCUGUUUGAGACGGCACCCCAGAUGCUGCCCGUACUGAAAGCUUCAAUAGAUGAUAGCGACGCCAAAACUCGCCAACUGGUUUGUCUUGCGUUGCAGUAUUUGUUCGUGGCACUGCCUAGCUGUCUAGGAGAGGAACCUGUUCAUCAACUGUACUCGGAGAUCUUGAAGCGUCUAGAUGACAGCAAUGACACUGUGCGUAAAGCUGCCUGCCAGACGUUUUCGACCUUCCUGAGAGCAGCACCGAAGGAGCACUUCCAAGGACCAAUUGUCAACUACACUUUGGACUGCCUUUUUGUCCACCUCGACGAUCCAGAACCCGACAUCCAGGAAGCUGUCUACAACGUUCUGAGGGAAACAGUAGCCAUUGAUGCACCUCAGUUGGCGAAAAAAGCAGAAGAGAACCGUAGUCGUCACCGAAGUCCUCACUACUGCGACCAGCUUGUCGUCUUAGCUUCUGCGGAGUCGGCAUAA